UGUGUCUGUGUGUGUGUGUGUGUUUGUGUGCAUACCAGGUAAACGUCACAGCUUGCAAAGAAAGCCCCUGCGCUGCGAGCGCGCGCCACACUUCCUCAAUCGACGGAAUCACAGAGAGAAAAAAAACACUAGAGGAAGAAAAAGAGCAACUUUCGUCGAGAACAACCGCCUGGUUUGCAGGACAAGGCGAUCCUGGUACUUGUCACCAUGGCUCCUUUCUUGAGGAUUGCCUUUAACUCGUACGACCUGGGUAUCCUGCCUCCUCUGACUGACCCACCCUUCUGUGCUAUCAAGAUGAAGGAAGCCUUGACAACUGAAAGAGGGAAGACCCUGGUUCAGCGUAAACCCACCAUGUACCCAGCCUGGAAGUCCACUUUUGAUGCACACAUCUAUGAAGGUCGUGUGCUCGAGGUACUGCUGAUGAAGACAGCGGAGGAGCCGCUGGCUGAAGUGUCUGUCGGUGUGUCUGUCCUUGCUGAGCGCUGCAAGAAAGCCAACGGGCGUGCUGAAUUCUGGGUGGAUCUCCAUCCUUCAGGAAAAGUAAUGAUGGCAGUGCAGUAUUUUCUGGAGGAUGCAGAUGCAGAGAGCAAGCAGCCUGUGAAGGAGGAAGCUCCUACUCUGAACCGUAGACGCGGGGCCAUAAAGCAGGCCAAAAUACACUUCAUCAAGAACCAUGAGUUCAUUGCAACUUUCUUCAGACAGCCCACUUUCUGCUCUGUGUGCAGAGAAUUUGUCUGGGGACUCAACAAGCAAGGCUAUAAAUGCAGACAAUGUAAUGCAGCCAUCCACAAGAAAUGUAUAGACAAAAUCAUCGGCAGAUGUACUGGUACUGCUGCCAACAGUCGGGAUACUGUGUUCCAGAAGGAGCGAUUUAAAAUCGACAUGCCGCAUCGUUUCAAGAUCAACAACUACAUGAGUCCCACCUUCUGUGACCACUGUGGAAGCCUUCUGUGGGGUCUGGUCAAGCAAGGCCUGAAGUGUGAAGACUGCGCCAUGAAUGUCCAUCACAAGUGUCAGGACAAAGUAGCCAACCUUUGUGGUAUCAAUCAGAAACUACUAGCCGAAGCCCUCACACAAGUCAGUCAGAAAUCAUCCACUCGCCGUUCAGAUCCAAAUCUGCCUAAUCUCCCGGAUAUUGGAAUCUAUGACGAAGUGAAUAAACUUGCUGGACUUGAGAUCAAUGAUGGGUCGACAUACGGCAAACUUUGGGAAGGUUCCAUCCCACGGGUACCGUCUCGUCUUACCCACUUAACCAAGAUCAACAUGGACAACUUCAUCUUCCACAAAGUCUUAGGAAAAGGCAGUUUUGGAAAGGUCCUGCUGGCAGAGCUGAAAGGGCGUGGAGAGUAUUUUGCUGUGAAAGCUCUGAAGAAAGAUGUAGUGCUUAUGGAUGAUGAUGUGGAGUGCACGAUGGUAGAGAAAAGAGUCUUGGCUUUAGCCUGGGAAAACCCCUUCCUCACACACCUUUACUCCACCUUUCAGACCAAGGAGCAUCUGUUCUUUGUGAUGGAGUAUCUGAAUGGAGGUGACUUGAUGUUUCACAUUCAGGAAAAAGGGCGCUUUGAGCUCUACAGAGCCACGUUCUACUCUGCCGAGAUCAUUUGUGGUCUUCAGUUUUUACAUUCCAAAGGCAUCAUCUACAGGGAUCUUAAGUUAGACAAUGUGAUGCUGGACUGCGAUGGGCAUAUAAAGAUUGCUGACUUUGGCAUGUGCAAGGAGAAUGUAUUUGGCGACAAUCGCGCCACAACUUUUUGCGGCACUCCUGAUUACAUCGCUCCAGAGAUUCUGCUGGGACAGAAAUACUCAUUCUCAGUUGACUGGUGGUCAUUUGGGGUGUUGCUGUAUGAGAUGCUGAUUGGUCAGUCACCUUUUCAUGGAGAUGAUGAGGAUGAGCUGUUUGAGUCCAUUCGCAUGGAUACUCCCCAUUAUCCCCGAUGGAUCAGCAAGGAGUCGAAAGAUCUGCUUGAGCGGUUGUUUGAGAGAGACCCAACUCGCAGGAUAGGAAUUGUGGGUAAUAUCCGGUUACACCCCUUUUUCAAGAGCAUUAACUGGCAGGCGUUGGAAAUGAGAGAGGUUGAGCCCCCCUUCAAACCCAAAGUGAAAGCGCCGAAUGACUGCAGCAACUUUGACCGGGAGUUCCUCAGCGAGAAGGCUCGUCUUUCCUACAGUGAUAAGAACUUCAUAGAUUCCAUGGACCAGUCGGCAUUUGCUGGGUUUUCAUUCAUGAACCCCAAGAUGGAGCAUCUUUUAGAAAAAUGAUGUCAUCCAUGUCAGACUCAUGCUACUCUCCUCAUGUUUAUGGAACAGUUUGCCUGCUUGCAGAUGAGCAAGCUGUUUCACAAUCAGUAUUUGUUUCACCUUAUUUUAAGCACAAACUAUUCUUGGGUACGAUCAAACAACAAACGGCCCGUGUACUGUAUAUAUAUAUAUGUGGAUCUUUCAUUUAUGUGCAUGCUUAUUAUUUGUAUAGGUUAUGAAGACCUGUGUGAGUAAUAAUAUACUGUGGGAGUGGGAGUCUGAAAAAUCCUUACAUUCCACUUGACGUCAUUGCUACCAUCUGCUGCCAUCAUGUUUCCCUUUCAUGUUGAAAAUCAUCUCCACUGGGGAUAGAAAAUAUGAAAUGGAGGAAAAAGGCUACAGGAACUAAUUUUACUUCAUGCUUCAGAUAUAGGUCGUAUUUGUGAAUGAGGUGACUGCAUGUUUAGAGAUUUGAGACCAAGAAAAAUCCAUCAAUCUUAGCAUUGUGGCUUAAAUAUGAAUGUCAUAAUUUCAAACAUCCAACUUCUUGCCUUUGACUAAGAAGAACUUGUGGUUGUAAAGUUGACUGAACAGUGCCAUGUAAUGAUCAAACUUUAAUGCUCCAGCUGUUUUCAGCUGUACAGAAAAGUUCUGUUUUGUGGAUGGAGGUGCAAUGAGUGCAGCCAUGGGUACAAAAAGAGUAGUGAAAUGACUAAUUGGUGAGCCACUUAAAUGCUGUAUAUAAUAUUUAUGUAUAUUGUUGUUAACAUGUAUAUUGGUUUGCAAAGGAUGUAUUUUUUUUUUUACUGUCUCCAUAUUUCCCAUAUAAUAAAAAAAAUAC